AUGCUUUCCUAUACUCCAAAGGCUAUAAAUAGUCAUCAAUUUUUGAUGCCUUGUCUAGAAAAACGUUUUCUAACAUCUAGCAAUUCUGGCAGCAACCAUUAGUGGGAAGAAACUCUAAGUGGCCCUACAACUCCUUUCAUCUGCAUUCAAUUUAUCAAAAGACUCUCUUCUGCAAUGUGUGUGGGUACUUGUACUCGAAUCCUGGGCCCGUGCCUCCUUAUCUUGGGCUUUCUUUCCAUUACUGCUAAUAUUCUCCUACUCUUUCCCAAUUGGGAAUGGUGUUACCUAAGCCUGGGCCAAAUAUCCAAGAGGGCAAUGCUAAUGCCAGGGGUAUGGGGAGGAGGCCUGCUGGUUUUUCCUGCUGCAGUUCAGAUCACAGGUAUUGGAUGGAGGUGGAAGUACUUCAGCAGCCCAGGAACUUGCUGUAAGAUGUUUCUUUCCAUUCUGCUGUCAGGACUGGCCCUCCUAGGAUCGGCGGCUUGUUUUAUUUUGUCUGGUUCAGGCUUGACGGAGGGGCCACUCUGUCUCUAUAAUUCCACCCUCAAUCAUAACAAAGUGCAACAGUGGGGCUACCCAUUUCUUGAAAUGGACUACCAUGUCUUCAACAAUGGGGCUCAGAAUUACCUGUAUGAUCCUUCCCUUUGGAAUUCAGUUUGCAUCAAGCCACAGAAUAUUGUUGGCUGGAAUGUGUAUUUCUUCUCUUCCCUCCUAGUCAUCAGCACGGUUGAAAUGAUCCUGGCUGCUCUCCAAAUUAUCAAUGGCUGUUUUGGAUGUGUCUGUGGCUUAUGUGAACAGAAGAAAUAGGUUU